AUGUCUGCCUCGACCACUACCACCACCACCACUGAGGUGAAGGACGACGGCAAUGGUAGUCUGCCGAUAUCCGCACUCGCAUUGCCCUCACCGGUCAACCUCACCCCGAUGCCCAAGCAGCGCCCCGUGUGCAUCACUCUAGAUAGCCUGCGAAUAUUCAUCUUGUCCAUUUCUCUCAUUAGCCUGGUGCACUUCUCAGAUGCCCUGGUUGUCGAGGCCAUCCUGGUGCUGGUGCCGUUCCUCCUCGUAGUGCACAAUGACUACGAGAACUUCAUCAGCCUCGGGCCCGGGGGGACACCGUCUACCCUCUGGGGCUACCUCCGAAUCUCCUGGCUGCGGCUGUGGACGCUGCGUGACCCCUUUACCCCUCCAAAGCCUACCCCCAACUGCCUCCCAUUGAAGGGCAUCCUAUCCAAACAGGCCCUCCCCUUUAGACUGGGACCAAAGCCUCUGGUCGUGGGCAUCGCGCCCCAAAGGCAGAUUGACCAGCCCGGCUCCCGCUACUGCUACCAAGCCCUCAGGAGGACGCUGGAGAAGCUCAGCCUCAAGAAGCCUGGCAAGUUUGGGACCGAGCGAUCAUGCAUCGAGAAGCACGGGCUUGCCCUGUUCGCGAGACACCCCGUGCAGACGGCUUGCCAGGGAGAAAUCUGCCACGUCCAUGACUCGGACCACUCCAUGCACAUGUGCCUGCACCCUGACGAUAGCAAGGAGGUUCUCUCAAGAGGAUGGGGCCAGAGGCACCCCUUAGCCUGGAAGUGGUGGUUCCUCACCAUGCCAGUUGCUACUGACUUUGUCAUGAUAUAUGCGCCACGAGAUGAUGAUGAGCUUCGCACUGUUUGCAAGAUCGUGGAGGCAGCCAUUUGGUACUCAACCGCCGAAGAAACCGAAAUUGAUGUCUACUUGAAUCAGGUAGGCAAUUGA